AUGCGAACUCAAACUUGCGGGUUCGUGGCAGUACGCAGAGACAAUAGAAAAGGAGCUACACAGAAGCGCUGUGACCGCUAUGAUAGUGGUGAUGCACGAAGCAUCAUCUACCCGGAAGAGGCAUCAGCGAAUUAUGGUGACAAUGAAGAAGAAGUUCGAAUUGAACGAGUGGAAUCCGACGAUCCGCCGUCAGAGGAGAUCAGAGGGCCUCUCUUCAGUGGCAUUAGCAGCGACACCUUGGGGACGCUUGGUGUAUCAGUGAUAUCUCCCUACAGAUAUGCUCGUUCGGACAGCGCGCACACCGAUCAGCAUGAUAGCCUUGGUUGGGUGAAUUACAUUCUUGAAACAACAUGGCCCCACUUUCGGACGGCCGCCAGCGCACUGGUGAAGAACAUCGAUCCCCUGCCGCAAAUUCAGAAGUCCCUGUUGUCGGAGCAUUGGUGGCUCGAGUUCUGUACCCGAAACGUCUUUCAUAGUGAUUGUCCUCUUAUCGAGUUUUCGAGGGCAGUGUGCGUUCCGAUCGAGGUGGCUGCUGAAGUGACGUCGCAGAUCCGAGCUCGGAAUACCUUGGGCUCCUUGGGCCAUGUCUAUGUGAGCCGAUCAACGGCCGAACCCACUAAGAUGCACGCAGUUUGUCGUGGGUGCUUGCUAUGCAAGAAGUCCUGCUCUUCCCGGCUGCCUUAUGUUGACAAGUUUGGGCCAGCACCGACGGAGAAGCCGCUGUCUAUCAAUGGGAGUGUUCUCCACCUCUCGGGCGAAGUUGUCUGCGCGCGAGCAGUGCGUUCACAGCCGCCUCAUCUGAAGAAUAUCGCUCAUUUGGACAUGGCCUCUGCGGAGGACUUCCAUUUCACGCUUUCCAUCUCCGGUCGAGUCAGCGGCCUCCCGAUCAACACCUCGGUCGGCUUGGCCAAGUUCUCACUUUCGGGGAACGCCUGCGUCCUCCUCUCGCCCCUGAUAGACGCCGUUCCAAUUUUUGCAGGAGGCAAGAUGUACUUCCUGGAUUUACCUGACCUCCACUUCGAGUUCUUCGGCAUGCGCUCUGCCGGCAAGCUCUUGGGGCCGAUCUUGGUCCAGGCAGUGCAAAACUGCGCCGAGAAGGUCCUCCAGUCCUUUGUCGUGCCAGGUGGAAUUUACGUUCCAAUUUCGCCGAUUCCACCCUCGAAUCUGAUGCCGAUUGCCACGCCCGCGCCAUUCGGCUACGUUGUGGCCACAGUUCACGAGGCUCGAGGCGUUUUUGGCGGUGACUUCUCCUUGUUCAGCAAAGAGACUAGCGACCCGUCGGUUCAGAUUCAGCUCGGUGGCACCACGUUUACCACCUCGUAUCACACAAACACCAGCAAUCCAAAGUGGGAUCCUCCAGAAAGUGGAUUUUUGCCAUUGUUUCACCACAACCAACAACUGCACAUCGACGUGUCAGAUGUAGAUCUCGGGGAUCGCAGAGACCUGUUGGGCCAGUUCUCUGGCACUGUCCAGACAAUCCAUGAGAUGGUGGAAGGCAAGGACUGGCUGGGCAUGGUGCUCACGCCAGAUGCGGCGAAGGCCAUGCCGGACCCAAGCAAGAAGAUGGAAGUGCUACUCUCCACGGACUCCUGGCUGCACCACCGGCAACUCCCCCUGCAAACCCGGGCUUUAACACACACAGCGCGAAUCCGCAGCGUGCUUGUUCCGGAGUUCCUCGAGGUGGCCAAGCUCACCUCAGACAUUGGGAUCGUCGAUGCACUUCCUGCAGGGCCAGAGCAUGAGAAAGGUGGACCACGGAAGUUGUCGGUGGACUACACCAGGUUGUUGCGCCUUGUUUCCGUGAAGCUCAUGGGGCUGGAGGCACCAGACGAGUUUGUCGAGGAAGUCAUGUACACCACCGCGUCCGUGACUAUAGAUGCUGGAAAGCCGCCCAAGAAUUUUAACAAGGCCAAGAGUCACGCUUCCGGCGGUGGACUUUGGAAAAAGGGCCUGGAGACAUUGAACCUGUGGUCCAGUCAUUCGGGUGGCACGCUGAAGCAUCCGCCCAUGAAGACAAAGAAGGCCCGUGCCUGGGGGGCCUCGCAGACCAAUCCGAAAGGCAGCUUCCUCCACAACGUCAGCACACACUCUCAGCUGAUGAUCGAGCGCCUGGCCGUUGAGAAGAAGAUGCCUUACGAUGAGAUCGCCAAGAUUGCAGGCCUCCCAGAGGGUCAGGUCAAGCUGCUCGUGGAGAUGCAGCGAAGCCUGCAAGUGGUCUGGUAUCAGGCUUUCCACAGGCUGCUCGAAUAUCCAGGCGGUGUCGUCAGCGUCGAGGUCUCCAAAGAGGAUAAAACUUCCCUUGGAAAGGUGAGCGUCGACUUACAGGAGGUCGAAAACCAAGACGAGAACAUCCUUCAGGUUCGACUACCCCUCGAGGGACCGGGGACCCGAGGGAGGGACGUGGUCCUGGUCUUCGAGAUCGAGCUGCAGGGGUUGCGACGAUCGAAGCUGGAACGCCGCAAAGGGCAUGCGAACUUCGAUCGUAACGACAAGUCUCAAAGCCCGGGUCGUGGACGAAGAACCGUCACAGCAAAGAAAAUGAGGUCGAAUGCACCUAUGGAACGCAACUUGGACAGCCACGGCGAGUGCACAUUAGCCGGAUAG